AUGUCUUUCUACAAUUCUGGUUCGGGUUUCUCCAAUGCCAAUACCGGCCCGGGGGCUCAGUAUAACAACAACGCCGCCGGGCCUCAAUACAACUACAACUACUAUGGACCUCCUUGCUCUGGGACUGAUCAACCGCCGGAGCGACUGGAAACGCCGCCGCCGCCGUUCGCGACCAUUCCUUUCUCCCGCGACCCUGAUUUUGUCGACCGUGGAGACAUUCUCGACCAGAUCGACCAACGAUGUUCGGAGCCGGCCGGCCGUGUGGCCCUAGUGGGCCUCGGUGGCGUGGGCAAGUCGCAACUGGCUAUCGAAUACGCGCACCGAACAGCGGUGGAGGAGCCUGACAGAUGGGUGUUCUGGGUCCAUGUCGGCACACAAGCACGCGUCGAGGAAGGGUUGAAGGCGAUCGCCGAUGCCGUGAAGCUACCAGGCCGGAGGCAGCCGAAGGCCGAUGUACCGCAGCUUGUGUAUAGCUGGCUGUCGAACGAGCGAAACUGCCGAUGGAUCGUAAUCCUCGACAGCGCCGACGACGUCAACGUGUUCUUUGGCGCUGGCAGUAACCCUGAACGACGUCCGCUAGCUGCCUAUCUUCCGCAGAGCCCAAACGGGUCUCUUCUCGUCACAACACGUGAUAAGGAUCUAGCUUAUAGGCUAGUAGGGGGGUACAAGAAUACAAUCGAGAUCGGGCCAAUGGCGCAGAGUGAUGCUCUGUUGCUCCUGGAGAGGAAAUUGAGCUUGCUCUCGGACAAGGAUUCAGCAGAGGAGCUUGUACGGACGCUGGAAUACAUUCCACUAGCUAUCAGCCAGGCGGCGGCCUACAUUCAGAGAAGGUCGCCACGGAGCUCGGUCGAAAAGUAUUUGGCCGAGUUCCGCAAGGGCGAAAGCAAGAGAGCCUGGCUUCUAAGUCAUGACGAGGGCGAGUUUCGGCGAGAGGGAGGGGCUUUGAGUGCAAUCCUUGUGACCUGGCAGAUAUCCUUCGAACAUAUCCGCUCUAAGAGAGCUUCAGCGGCAGAUCUGCUCUCAUUCAUGAGCUUCUUCGACCGACAAGGCAUUCCGGAGUCGUUGCUAAGGCCGCCUCAUAUGGACGGGGCAAUACAGGAGAGGAGAUCCGACGUACAGCACGAUUUGGGAUCCAACAGUAGCGAUGAUGAGAUAGACAACGACGAGACGGACAACGGUUUCGAAGACAAUGUAGCAAUGCUAACAAACUUUUGUCUCGUAACUGUAAGCGAGAGCGGAAACACGUUCGAGAUGCACGGCCUCGUACAGCUGUCGACGAGGAUGUGGCUAAAAGCGUCUAAGCAAGAGGAGACGUUCAGGCAGCAGUACAUCGAGCGGAUGGCAGCUUCAUUCCCAACGGGCCAGUUCGAGAACUGGGCCAUGUGUCGGACCCUCUUUGCGCACGCCCGAGUGGCCUCGGAUUAUCGACCUAACGAGAAUACGGUCGAGUCAUGGGCGAUUCUUUUGCACAACGGGGGAUGGUACGCGUGGUCGCAAGGGAAAUAUGAAGAUGCGCAGCAGAUGCUGGACAAGGCGAGGAAAGUACGCGAGAGGAGGUUGGGAAAGGACGAUAUGGCGACUCUCUCGAGCACGUCCUUUCUUGCAUUAGUAUUUCGAGAUAGAGGACUAUGGAAAGAGGCCGAGAAGCUGUUUGUGCAGGUGAUGGAGACUCGCAAGACGAAGCUCGGGGCCGACCACCCAGACACACUGGCCAGCAUGGGCAACCUGGCGUCGACGUAUAGGAACCAAGGCCGGUGGGACGAGGCCGAAAAGCUGGAGGUGCAGGGAAUGGAGACGAUCAAGGCGAAGCUCGGGGCCGACCACCCAGACACACUGGCCAGCAUGGGCCACCUGGCUUUCACGUGGAAUGGUCAAGGUCGACAUGAAGAUGCCCUAGCGUUGAUGCAAGACUGUGUUGAGGCUCGGCAGCGAGUCCUUGGGCCUAAGCAUCCUAACACGCUGUCGUCCUUGGCUACUGUGUCGGAAUGGUAUCACGGGGCAAGGCGAAGGGUAAGGGGUAGAUUGGAUAUGCGUAGUUGGUAGGUGUCACAGGUUGUGACAUGUGCUAUAUAAGCGUGCAUUAGAUGGUCUGUCUAGCGAAUAGAACAUUCUUCCAUCUUCUGGUGGUUUA